AAUUCGCAUCCCAUGGAUCACUUCCUCGCCCAAAGCUUAUAGAGACGCACAAUUACAAAAUAGUUAACACCCAGUCACCAAGUGCACGCAUAAACUGUCUUCACAAUACGUACCCGCCCUGACCAGCCACUCAUCUCUCUCUCCCCUUCACUCUUUGCCUAUGAGACUCCCCUUCCCGAAUAUUCACUCCCAUUGCACUUCCCAUAGACUUCCCCCUCUCCCCUUCUCUUUGCCACUCUUUAAGCCCACUCCUCGCCGUCCUCCCCGGUGGGUCCGCAUGGACUCAUCCGCUGGACCCACUACUACUACCUCCGUCCAUCAUUUUCACCGCCGCCAGAAAGACAAGAUCGUCGUCGUCAUGGGAGCCACUGGGUGUGGCAAGACAAAACUCUCCCUUGAUGUCGCCACACGGUUUCAAUCAGAAAUCAUCAACUCCGAUAAAAUGCAAGUUUACAAAGGACUCGAUAUAACCACCAACAAAAUCCCGAUUCACGAGCGUAUGGGUAUCCCCCACCAUUUGCUCGGCUUCUUCAACCCGGAAGACGGCGAGGUGAGUCCUUCCGAGUUCCGUUUGACGGCUCGAUUAGCUAUAUCGGAUAUUGUUUUGAGACAAAAGCUGCCUAUGGUAGUUGGUGGGUCCAACUCAUUUAUUCAUGCUCUGCUUGUUGACCGGUUUAAUCCCGCAGUAGAUGUAUUCAGUGGGGCAUCUAACCAGGUCUCGACCCAGUUAAGUUACAACUGCUGUUUUAUAUGGGUGGACGUUUCAUUUUCUCUCCUCUGCGAUUACUUAUGCUUCCGAGUGGACGAAAUGCUGGAGGCGGGGAUGUUUAAGGAAUUAUUGGAGUACUACAGACGGGUAGACCCGAUGAGUCAACCCGGUUUGAGGAAAGCAAUCGGAGUGCCAGAGUUUGACCAGUAUUUUAAGAAGUAUCCACCGGGGACAGGAGGAGGGGAGUGGGAUGAGAAACGGAGACGAGCAUACGAGGAGGCGGUGACGGAGAUAAAGGAGAACACGUGUCAACUGGCGAAAAGACAGAUAAUUAAGAUCAUGAGACUGAAAGGGGCAGGUUGGGACUUACAGAGAGUGGACGCGACGGAGGCGUUGAGGGAGGCGAUGAAGGUGAGGAUGGCGUCAGAUGGAGGCAAAAAUAAUAAAAAAAGGAAAAGAAAGAAGAAGAAGAGGUGGAUGGAUGUUUGGGAGAGAGAUGUGAUGGAGCCAAGCAUGAAGAUUGUGAACCGCUUCUUGGAGGAGUGAGCAGAAAACAUUUCGGAGGAGAAUGAACGGUUACAGUCUUAGGACCCCCCGCCUCCAGGCUCCUAUAAAAUGAAUUUUUAUGUGGCAACCAGUACAUAGUCGAGAUCAGGGGCAGUAACUGUGCUAGCCCGCAAUCAUGCUGGCCACCCCAUGGGUUGGAGCUGCAAAAAAUGUCCAAGGUUAACUGAUACUUUGAUCCUAGAGGCUCUUGCUCGUAGAGAGGCUGUCUUAUUGGCUUCAGCGAAAGGUUUAGAUCCAGUGAUAAUAGAGUGAGACUAUAAACAGGUGAUUGCAUCAGCAAAUGGGGUAUUAAAUCUCAGCAACUUCGACAGCAUCAAGAUGGACAUCUCAUUCUUUUGUAAUUCCUUCAGAAACAUAGGCUUCCACCCUGUUGUUAGAAGUUGUAACUCAGCAGCUCAUUCAUUUACCCAAAGAGUAUUUCAUGAUGUCUCUUUUCUAUGUAAUCCUAUGGAGCAAGUCUCCUUUGUAUCCUCUUUGGCCUCUAGG